CCAGGCACCAGCCACAGUCCGACACACGGAGCUCCCACACGGGCUACACUUCACCCACACACCGUCACUGCACCGGAGCGCGGAGCCCCUUCUGACAGCCGCCCAACCACACCUCCGUCCCGGGAAGACUGUGCCCUGCCUACCCCCGGCCAGCACCUCCAACCGCAACACCCAGGGGAAGGACGGAAAGGGGGGGACUGUCUGGCUGAACUUGCCCCGUCUGCCGGCUUCGCUGCUCGGUCACAGCCUUGACGUUCUCCCGCUGUCUGUCUGGAGGCUGGAGCUGCUAGCCGCGCUGCUAACGAGCACCCACCCCGUCUUUGCGUCUCCUUUUGCGGGGAAAAAAGACACCUGUCCCGGCUGUCAACACCUUAAAACGCUUUUAAACUUUUCAGACAAUGCGCUGCUCAAUUUUUAACUACUUUUUACAAGACUUUUGCUCGUUUUUAUCUCGUUACUUGUGAAAUCUCGCAUCUUAUAACUUCAAGAAGGAGGAGGAACUGUUUUGCAACUCAAUUUUUGGGACUAACUUCAGUAUUUUGACAUAUUUUCUUUGUCGUGACGCUUUAAAAGUUACAAACCAGCCAAAUAGCUAUGAUAAAUUGUGGCCAAAAAGUCAAUUUCAGUAUUUAUAAGAUUUACUGGGAGACUCUUUACUAUUUGUGCAAAGAAAACAUUUGCUUUUGCAGCUAACACCAACUAGCUGGCUUUAGUUAGAUUGCGAGUUAGAUUGCGAGUUAGAUUCCUGCAUAUUUACCAGGCAAGCUGCAAAUCUGUUACACAUAUUUUUACAUAGAAUUGCAUAGAUUUUUUUGGGAGAAUUACCGUGCCAUUUUCGCUCGCUUUGCACAAGAGUGAAAGUAUCGAUCAGUGGGAUUAUUGUGCUGUUUUAGCUGAUUGGAAAAGGCCAAACGAAAACGAAAGAAAGGGAAAGAGAGGAGAAAUAUGUCGGGCCAAUCUCUCACGGACCGUAUAGCGGCGGCUCAGCAUAGCAUGACCGGCUCCGCCAUCGGCAAAGCGGUGUGCAAGGCGACUACACACGAAGUCAGCGGGCCCAAGAAAAAACACCUCGACUACCUGAUCCACUGCACCAAUGAGAUGAAUGUGAGCGUCCCUCAGCUCGCAGACACUCUGUUUGAGAGAACGGCCAACUCCAGCUGGGUCGUGGUGUUCAAGGCUCUGAUCACCACCCACCACCUCAUGAUGUACGGCAAUGAGCGCUUCAUCCAGUACUUGGCCUCUCGAAACUCUCUUUUCAACCUCAACAACUUCCUGGACAAAGGAGCUCUCCAAGGUUACGACAUGUCGACUUUUAUUCGCCGUUACAGCCGAUACCUGAAUGAGAAGGCCAUGUCCUACAGACUGGUGGCAGUGGACUUCACCAAGAUGAAGAGAGGAGUGGAUGGAGUAAUGAGAACCAUGAACACAGAGAAACUCAUCAAGACAUUACCCAUUAUUCAGAACCAGCUCGACGCACUGCUGGAUUUCCAGGCCAAUCCAAACGAGCUGACCAAUGGUGUGAUAAACUCUGCCUUCAUGCUGCUGUUCAGAGACUCCAUUCGGCUGUUCGCGGCCUACAAUGAAGGAGUCAUUAACCUGCUCGAGAAAUAUUUCGACAUGAAGAAAAACCAGUGUAAAGAUGCGUUGGACAUUUAUAAAAAGUUCCUGUACAGAAUGACCAAACUCUCGGAGUUCCUCAAAGUGGCAGAGCAAGUUGGAAUAGAUCAGGGGGACAUUCCCGAUCUCUCACAGGCUCCCAGCAGUCUCCUGGAGGCACUGGAGCAGCACCUGGCUUCACUGGAGGGCAAAAAGACGAAGGAGCUGAGUGCAGACACCAGGGCGUCCACUUUGAACAGCGCAGUCUCGUCUCUGUCCUCCACCGGGAUGUCCUUCAGUCGUAUGGACGAGAAAGAGAGACAGCAGGCUCUGGAGGAGGAGCAGGCCAGACUACAGGCACUCAAGGAUCAGCGCCUGAAGGAGAUCGGGGCCCACACUCCCCCCUCCGCCUCCCCCAGCUCUGCCUCCAUCAGCAGCUUCAACAACAACCACGUCGCCCCCUCCCCGGAGCUCUUCACCUCCACGCUCAAUGCUAACAGCGUUCCCGCUCUGAACAGCGACCUGUUUGACCUCCAGCCAACCUUCAUCCCUGCGGUCCACAACACCAACAGUGCCUGGGGAGGAUUGGAGAGCCAGCCGCCCGCCCAGACCUCCACCGUAGAUUUUGACGCAGUUUUUGGGAAUAACUCCAGUACAACCACUAACGGAAACGGUCCCCAGACGCCAGCCGGUUUCGAUGCUCUGGGAGAAGUGCUGAAGCCCACCCUCCCCUCCCUCUCCGCCCCUCCGCCUCCUCCUCCCCCCAUGGCCCUUCACUCCGGGGGAAAACUGUUAGCACACGACCUGGACUCUUCUCUGGCGAACCUCGUCGGCAAUCUGCACUUUGGGACCCCAAAGAAGCCGGAGAUGCAGUGGACGCAGCCCGGAGAAAAGAAGCUGACAGGGGGACAGAACUGGCAGAACAAGACCAUGUCCACCACCCAAUGGGGCCCUGCACCCAUGGGCCCCCCACCCAUGCCCCUGCAACAUGUGAGUCCGGCUGCUGUGGCGUUCCCCAUGGCCACACCUCAAGUGCCUGUCUAUGGAAUGGUCCCUCCUCCGAUGGGUCAGAUGGGGGGGGUCCCUGUCAUGGCGCCUCAGCCCAUGAUGUACAACCAGCCUGUGCUCAGACCCACCAACCCAUUCGCCCCCCUCCCUGGAGCACAGAUGCAGUUUAUGUAAAAUCCAAACAUGGAGGAGGAGAGCGGAGCACCAAAAGCAACGAACAAAUAAACAAACAACGAAAGAAAGAAGGAAAGAAAGGGGGAGAGAGGGGGAACGGACAGAUGGAGACAACACAACCAGGCCACAGGAAGUGUCUG